AUGCAUUGUGUAGGAUGCCAGUGGCCCACUUGUGACGAAGCACUGACCCGGCGUUGUUGCUCCAAGUUUCCGCAUUGCUCCGCCACAACUUACGAACUGCCUUCCCAAACCCUCGACUUUGCUCUGUCGCGCCGCAAAUGGUCUUCGCGAUCGGGUCUUCUCGCAACGUGGAGCUGCCUGCAUACCAUGUCUGUCGAUUUCAAUCGUGCGCGUCGGAGAAGUGGUGAGGUUGGUCGUCCCAUUCACCCACAUAGAGCUGCAAAGUAUCAUAUGCUACGAUUCCAUCCUUCCUUCGAAACUGACCAGGCGCGAUACUGUAGAUACACCGUGACAUACACACCAGCCGCCGAUCCUAUCCUUCCUUUACCUACGGAAUUUCAUGUGCGCGUGAAGAACACUUCGGCCAUCCCUCUCCGCGCGGCGUAUCUACAUGGCCCCUACACUCUCUACGCAGCUUGUUACCCUUCCAUUUUCGACCCAAACUGCAAGUAUGACCGCCAAGAGACAGAUGGAGCCCCCCAAUUUGAGCCAUAUCUAAAAGCUGGUGGAAACUGGGAUGCAACCAUAAAGAUGCCGGCCCAUUUUGGGGAUUCGCACAACCUCUCUGCAGGGCAAGACGGUCCAGACGGCACACCCAAAAUGACCUGGGUUAUUGAGAUCGUUUCGCAGGUCAUUUUUUCAAGUAGUGCUGCAGUUCACUUUGAAUUGCUCGUUGCUCGGGAUGCCAAGUCCCUGGAGUUCUUUUCCUCGAAUGGAACUUCCAGCACUCAACUAGGCCCGCCAGCAAAGCUGCAUGAUCACUGGCCUCCGGGUACUAAGGGUCAGCAAGUCUCUACAGUGAAAGGAGUCUACUCUAGAGCAAUGACUGUGCAAGUCGAUGACACAGUCAGUCUCUGGAAUACUCCAUCAUUAUCUCCUCAACAUGACCCUAGCAGCCAGGAGCCAGAUAUUCGAGAGGAGCCUACCCCCGCUGAAGCCCAUCAAUCGGAUAAUAAGAUUGGCGAUACUCAACGCAUGCCCCCCAAAAAACGAGUACAUCUGGUGGUAAUAACUCAUGGCUUGCAUAGUAAUCUGGGUGCCGACAUGCUCUAUCUCAAAGAAAGCAUCGACCUUGCGGCGCAGAAAACUCGAGAGAAACAUCAGAGCCAGCAUGGCAGCAAGGAGGACGAUGAAGAAGUGAUUGUCAGAGGAUUUCCAGGAAAUGCGGUUCGCACUGAGCGCGGAAUCCAAUACCUUGGCAAACGGCUAGCCAAGUAUGUUCUGUUGAUGACCUACCCUGAUCAGCCAUACUUCCCUUUGAAAGGAUCGAAAUCGAAGUCAUUUCCUCGUCCAUUCGGUGCUCGAAAAGAAUCCGCGCAAGCUGCAGAAUCGACUGCAGCGCGGGAUGAAAAUAAAGGUGCGGUUGAUCACGGUUACCAGAUCACCAGCAUAAGUUUCAUCGGUCAUUCUCUUGGUGGUUUGACACAAACGUACGCCAUUGCCUAUAUCCGAAAACACUCACCCGAGUUCUUUGAUCGCAUACGACCGGUCAACUUCAUCGCCCUUGCGUCCCCGUUUCUGGGCUUGAGCAACGAAAACCCCAUCUAUGUUCGAUUCGCCUUAGACUUGGGUCUUGUAGGACGGACGGGGCAAGACCUUGGGUUGAGUUGGACGGCACCGCGUGUUCGAAGCGGCUGGGGUGCUAUCAUUGGCGGUAAAGGCGAUUCCUCGAAGGAACAAAGCAAUUCUGACCCUGGUGCAAAACCGCUACUACGAAUUUUGCCGUGUGGUCCAGCACAUGAAGCACUCAAGAAGUUCCAGCAUCGCACCAUCUACUCUAAUGUGGUGAAUGAUGGGAUCGUUCCCCUGCGGACAUCCUGUUUACUGUUCCUCGAUUGGAGAGGCCUUGACCGCGUGGAGAAGGCCAGGAGAGAUAACGGCCUUGUCGGAACCAUGGCUGAAUGGGGCUGGGCAGAGCUCACUGGAGCCAACUCCAAGUCUCCUCAAGCCGCUCGGCCCGGUGAGGAAUUGGAAGGUGGCGCAAACUCCUUGGCAGAGAACGACGCAUUAGCUGUGCAGACAUCGUCGCCACCAGCCCCAAGCCAGUUCCUCGAACGAAGAAUGUCGUCCUCACACAGAAGCCAUACGUCUGAUGCAGCCGGAUCGGGAGAGAACCAAACCCCCGGCGAUGCCCUGUCCGGCCCCUUCAACACUUUUUUGUCGUUUUUCCGUUCAAGGGACGUCAACCAAGGGUCGAAGUCUAAACAGUCCAAAAUCUAUAAACGUAGCCAAACCCUCGGCUCGUUCGAAGUCAACGAGCGCCCCUCAUCCUUGGUUAGGGGGAAUUCUUUAUACGAGAAUGAUGAUGGGUUACAUACGCCCCCGAGGACCACAUUUUUUGAGUCGGCUGGAGACUUGCUAAUGCCUCCUAUUCCCCCUCCGGAGUUCAUCAUGGAUCCUGCUGCCCGGCCUCGAACCAUUUUUCAUGAUCGCAUAUAUCACCCUGAUGAUGUUCCUCCUCCUUUACCUGUGAAGCGACGAACUAUGGCGUUGGCAUCAAUGCAGAAUAAGAAAGACAAACGCGCGACUUCUUCUGCCACUCAGGCCCCUUCCAACCCUGGCGGAAUGGCUGCAUAUAGCGAGAGUGGACUGAAAGUCGAAGAGAAGAUUGCGCGAGCUUAUCAUCGCGACUUGACAUGGCGCAAGGUUCUAGUACGUCUGGAGCCCGAUGCACACAAUAACAUCAUUGUCCGGCGCAUGUUUACAAAUGCUUAUGGAUGGCCUGUUGUUAAGCACCUAGUCGACACACACUUCGGCCAUACCCCGGCCGUCGAGACGGAUGACACGCAGCAGCUGGCUUUUGAAAGAGCUAAAUCCCCGGGUAUAGGACCUACCAGCUCUGGCGAUGAGAUUGAGGGACAAUGUACACCAACAGAGGAACAUUCAAGCCGCCCCACCAGCCAUAUGGAUUAUGCUGUAAACCCAUCACAAGAUUCAACGCAAGCGUCCUCUCGAUCUGAGACGUUUCCUAUAGAAGAAGAGCCGCAUGAGACGACAAGCACCAACGGACGGUCUCAGCACACUGAUGACAGUAUACAAGAUUCUGCUCGUUGGACAGAUCGUCAGGUAGACGAAGACAAUGAUUCGGAGUCUGACUUUGAUGAUGCAAAUGUUAGAGAUAUUCGGUGGGCUUCUGGUUCAUAA